AUGUUCGACAAAUUGAAGCGGAAAGUUAAGGAUCUCAAGAGCUCAAAUGAUGACGAGAAUGUGCCCGAAUUCAGUGGUCCAGGAGAAGUUUCGAAGCGUGAAAUAUAUCGCAACAGGUACAAUUUCGGAGUGAAUUUCGGAUCCCUGUUUGUUCAGGAAAGCUACAUUUACCAUUCUUUGUUUUCUGAAGGUGGAGGAAAUGAAUACGAAGCGGUUUCUGCACUUGUUGCGAAAUCAUCGUCUGAUGAAGUGGCCAAAAAACUCCAAAAACACUAUGCAAGUUAUGUGACGGACCAGGACUGGGAAUGGCUUCAGAAGGAGGCAGGUGUCACGGCCAUUAGGUUACCCAUCGGGUAUUGGCACGUUGAUAAUGGUGCUUAUAUUGCGGAUAAGAUGAAAUUCCAUAAGCUCAAAUCGAUUUAUCAAGCGGCCCAACCGUGGGAUGCCGUUCAUAAAAUUGUGAAGAAAGCAGCAGAAUACAAUAUUGGUAUAUUGGUCGAUAUCCAUGGAGUUCCAGGUGGUGCUAACGGUGAUGCACACUCAGGUGAAAGCAAUAACGGACAAGCAAGUUUUUUCACUACUAGUGAUUUCGUUUCUAGUGUCGUCGACGAUAUCGUGCCCUUCAUUGCUAAGGACCUCUGUCAGCCAAAUGAAAACGUCAUUGGUUUGCAGGUGAUCAACGAAGCGGCUUUCAGUGAUUCCGCGAAACCUGAAAAGAAGUUCUACUCAAAAGUGAUCAAUGCGGUCCUAAGUGUCGAUGAUACGUUGCCCGUGGUUAUUUCGGACGGCUGGUGGCCUCAACAAUGGGCCGACUGGCUAGACGAAAACAAUUUGGCCAACAGCGUCGUGAUAGACUCGCAUGUAUACCGGUGUUUUUCUGAUAGUGACAAGCAGAAAACCGCGGGUGAAAUUGUAAAUGAUCUUCCGCAGUCUGUGAAUCUCUCCAAUGACAAAGCGGACUACAUGGUGGGUGAGUUUUCGUGCGUUUUAGAUGGCCAAACUUGGGACAAGACUAAGGAAUCGCGCGAGGAAUGGGUGCGCAAGCUAGGUCAGGCCCAGGUCGGUGUGUUCCAGGACAAAGCAAGCUGGGGUUGGUUUUUUUGGACAUUUAAAUUCCAAGAGGGAGACGGCGGCGAGUGGGGGUUCCAGCCUAUGAUCAACAGUGGAGCUUUGCCCAAACGUCCACGUGUGGAUCCAAAUAUCGACGACAGCAAAGUUCAACAGAUUGUCGAUGAUCACGUCAAUUAUUGGAAGGACAAAGGAGGCGACAAAUUUGAACAUUGGCGUUUUGAAGAAGGUCUCAAGACCGCCAUUUCUGAUAUUCGUGCGUUCAAUGAAUUUGAUCAUUCCAGGGUGGGCAGAACGCAUUUUUUCAAGUCAUUGCGUAAGAGUCAGCACACAUCGGACAAAGGUGACGGUGAAUAUGUGUGGGAAUGGGAACAGGGCUACGACCAGGGACUAGCCGUCUUUAACAAGUAUUUGUGA